AUGUCCGUAUUACUACUAUUACCGCGUUGUGCGCCAGGGAUCUUUUACCUGCAGCAUAAUGGACUCUGCUGGGACAUUUGUGGGAAAGGAGUAUUGGGAAGUGAAAUCACAGUGCGUAGGGAUGAGGAGGGUAUUGGAGAUAUAAAACACGUCGCACCAGGAAAGCCAAAUAUUAGAAGAAAAUUACCAGAUGAAUAUUCUCCGAUGCAAGGGCAGACGGUCGUACUCGAAGUAGAGUAUGAUGGAAGUCCGGAAUUUGAAAUAGAUUGGUUUUGGAAUGGUGACAGUAGGUAUUUUAACGACCUUAUCCGACGGAUUGUAUUGGAAAGCCCUCUUCGAAAGGCACGACUAACGAUCAACAAUUACCAACCAACGGAUAAUGGAAUAUUUUGGGUUCUGAUAAAAAAUCCUCAUGGAAGCGACUAUAGCGAGUGUCACAUUCCAUUACGAAGCAGUUAAUCUUCAGCAGUAGACGGUAAACCUAUCUAUAAUAUCAGGACCAUCUAUCAUCACGGGAAAAAGGAACAUUAUAACCCAUAGUAGUGGGUGAUGGACCAACUGAAGAUUAAGAUGUUUAAAACUCUCAUUUAUAGUUCCGGAGCUAUUUUAAAAAUUUAGAAAAUAUAACACAAAAUAGACAAAUGUUUGAUAUCAUACUAAUGGUGAUGGACAUUUUAAUUUUAAUUUACUGUAGCUUAUUUUAAGUAUUUUAUCAGUUAAAGGUUACUUAUUUAUUUACAAUUUUAGAAACAGAUGUUUGUACUUUUAUGCUCAGAAUGACUCAAAUACUAUUGAGUA